AUGAUUAUUUCAGGGAAAUACGUUAUAGAGAAAGAAAUUGGGAAAGGUUCCUUUGCCACAGUGCUGAAAGGUUAUAUUAUAGAUGACAAUGAUAAUAAUGGUAACGAUACUAAUAACGAGGAUGUCGAGGUUAAUGAUGAUAAAAGAAAAUAUACUACAAGGAACCAAAUUGCUGUAAAAGCAGUACCUAGAUCAAAAUUGAAAAAUAAGAAAUUAUUAGAAAACUUAGAAGUUGAAAUUGCAAUUUUGAAAAAAAUUAAACAUCCUCAUAUUGUAAGAUUAAUCGAAUGUGAAAGAACUUCAACUGAUUUUUAUUUAAUAAUGGAAUACUGUGCUCUGGGCGAUUUAACAUUUCUAAUUAAAAAAAGACAAGAAAUAAUGGAAAAUCAUCCUUUGUUAAAAUCAGUUUUCAAAAGAUUCCCACCACCAUCAAAAAAUCAUAAUGGUUUACAUCGUGCAUUCAUUUUAAAUUAUUUACAACAAUUAUCGUCAUCUUUAAAAUUUCUAAGGUCAAAAAAUUUGGUUCAUAGAGAUAUUAAACCCCAAAAUUUAUUAUUAGCUACACCUUUUGUUGAUUACCAUGAUUCAAAAUCAUUCCAUGAUUUAGGUUAUGUAGGAAUUUCAAGUUUACCCAUAUUGAAAAUUGCAGAUUUUGGAUUUGCAAGGUUCUUGCCAAAUACUUCAAUGGCAGAAACACUUUGUGGUUCACCAUUAUAUAUGGCACCUGAAAUAUUGAAUUAUCAAAAAUAUAAUGCAAAGGCAGAUUUAUGGUCUGUUGGUACAGUACUAUAUGAAAUGUGUUAUGGCAAACCACCUUUUAAAGCUUCUAACCAUUUAGAACUAUACAAAAAGAUUAAAAAGGCUAAUAAUACUAUUUCAUAUUCCAAUGAUUGUGAAAUCGAAGAUGAUUUAAAAGACUUAAUCAAUGCUUUAUUAACUUUCGAUCCAAAUAAAAGAAUAGGUUUCCAAGAAUUUUUUGAUAAUAAAUUAGUGAUUGAAGAUUUAUCAAAAUACGAAGUUGCUAAUGAAGUUUAUUCUGAAUUAGAAUUAAAAUCAAAGAGUGUUUUAGAAUCAAAUAUGUUUAUUUCAGAAUACUUACCUUCUGAAAAGAAAAAAGAUGAUACAGAUAAUAUGAUAAUUUCAAAUCUUUCCACAAAUGAUAGAAUAAAUAAUAUUACAAUUUUUUCGAACAUCUUACCUACGGUUAAUGAAAACGAAAAUGAUAAAACUAAUGAUAAUUCUACCACUAAUUACAACAAUAAUGAUAACGAAAACAAUGAUAAUAAUAAUACUAAUCACAAUUAUAAUAAUGAUAAAGUUAAUAACAAGUCUAAUGAUAAUAAUGAAAAAAGUGAUAUUAAUAGGAGCAAUAGUAAUUAUAAACAGCAUAGUACAAAGCAAACAACUAAUGAAUUAAUUCCCAAUACAAAUACUAUUACUACCAACAUUAAUGACAAUUCGAAUUCAGAAAUGAAUAGCCAGAGUGCUAGAAUGAUGCAGAAAUCAAAAAAUUAUAAAUCGUUAAGGAAUAAUAAAUUAAGAAAUAGUAAAAACGAUAUUAUUAAUAACUCAAAUUCGGAUUUAAUUCUAGAGAAAGAAUAUGUAGUGGUAGAAAAAAAAAGUGUAGAAGUCAACACUCUUGCCGAUGAAAUGGCACAGAUAGGGCAAAUUAAUAAUUUAAAUUACAAGGUACCUUAUCCUAGCCGUUCACCAACUUUAGCUGGGAAUGUCCUACAAAAUAAUGAAUCACUCCAGCAUUAUCAACCGUUUAGUGUCAAAAGUCCAAGAACAUCUCUAUCAAGCAAUGGAAGUGGAAAUUCACGUCGUGCAUCACUUGUUGACAGACGUUUAUCCAUCUCUUCUUUGAACCCAUCCAAUGCAUUAUCCAGAGCUUUGGGUGUUGCAUCAACAAAAUUAUUUGGUUCUAAUGUCCUUCCAAAUCAAAAUGCUGGUGUCGGUAAUGCCAAUAAUAUAAACACUUCAAUGCCUUUAUUAAAUCCUCAAGUAUUCCAAGAUCUAACGGAAAAUAUAUUGCUAAGAGUCGAUCAAUUACAAGGUAAGGAUCGAAUUAAUAUCGACUCAAAUUCUAUAGUGCAAAUUUUAGAGUCAUUAGCUGCAAAAGCGUUUGUUGUACAUUCAUUUGCCGAGGUUAAAUUUUCUCAAACGAUACCUCUAAAGUCAUUAUCAACCUCCACUGUUAACCGUCCAGCCAACGACAGACGUUUGAAUGAUCGAGGAUGUGCAAUUGAAGAGGAUGAUAAUAUUCAGACGGAAACCUAUGAUACUUACAUCCCUUCAUUAAAGGGAAGAUCGUUGUCAUCAUUAUCCCAAACGAGUAUUUGCUCCCAAGACUUACCUCAUGGAGAAUUAUAUCAAUUAUCAAAGGAAGCGAUUAUUUUAUACAUGAAAACACUAUCAAUAUUGGCAACAGCAAUGCAAAUUACAUCUAAUUGGUGGUAUCAAUCUAAUGAAAAGAAUUGUUCUCUAAGACUAAACUUAUUAGUCCAAUGGAUCAGAGAUAAGUUUAAUGAAUGCUUAGAGAGAGCGGAUUUUUUAAGAAUACAAAUACUUGAAUUAGAAGAAUGUGAAAAUAAAUCAAACGAGUUGAAUUCAGACCAUACAGAUGUCGAAACUUCCGGUGUAAAUGAGACUGUCCAUAAUAAUGAUAAUGACGCAAAUGAAGAAGACCAGAUUUAUGUUGAGAAAUUACUUUACGACAGAGCAUUGGAAAUCUCAAGAACAGCUGCUAAAUUAGAGAUUCAAGGCGAUCACCUUAAUAAUUGUGAACUUGCAUAUGCGACAUCCUUGUGGAUGCUAGAAAUUUUGUUAGAUGAUAGAAUUGAAGAUGAUAAUUUCAACGAGUUCUCUAGCAAGAAUUCUGCAGUGUUAGAUGAUCAAGAUAGAGAAAUUAUUAAAAAGUAUAUCGAUAGCAUUGCGAACAGAUUAAAGGCUCUUAGAGAAAAAAUUAGUCAAGGAGGUAGUUGA